UCCAAGAAAAUUAUGUAUUUCAGUAAUUUAAAGUAAAAUGGUCUGGGUGUUCUUUUUGGACAGUUUUUACCCCCUUUAGAGUUAGAUAGUUAGAUAAACAAAGUAGCACCAUUUAUCUGAGAACACAACCUAGUUAUCUGUAAAUCUUUAACCUUAAACUGCGCAUUUUUUGUGCCAAGUCUUUGUUUUAAUCUGAUCCCAUUCAAAGAAAAGUAUUAAUAGAAAACAUACCUUUUUGUUAAGAACUGUUUUAACACUGCUGUGAUGAUGGUUUCAAGCUAAUUGUGAUUUUUCAGGACUAUAUAUUUUAUGUCUAUGGGUGUGGACCCCACAAAUUAUGUUUUGAGGAUAUGUAUUUUUUCAUAUUGGAGUAUAACAUCUGUCCACAUUAAUGACCUGUUUUCAAUAUGUGUUUACAGCUGAAAUAUGCAGAUGCUGCACUGACAGUAAAUGUAACUCAAAUCAGGAUCUGACGGUGUUAAUGUAUAAUUUUAGCCAAGAUUUGAUUGGCCAAUAUAGUUUUAUAAUAACUAAUUACAGUAACAUUUCCCUAUUUUGAACAUUAUGCUGUAGUCUAGUGCCUUAUUUUUAACAGGUCAGUGUAAUUUACUGGAACACUUCUACAGGAAGGCAGAAGACAAAAUAAGAGAAAUCAUAACUAAAGAAUGUGACACUAUUUAUAUCAACUUCGACAUUGUUUAUCAAUAGUUAUUGCUUUCGGUAAAUAAAUCACAUAGAGCCCUCUAAGCAUUACCGCAUACCCUCUGUGUGAAGUUUAUUGAAAAAUGUGUUACACUUCGAUGUUUCACUGAUCAGCUUCAGAAACAAAAGACGAGACCAUCUUAAUUAAAACUGGCAGAUUUUCACCGGCAUUAUGAGCUUCUAGAUGGCAUUUAAUCUUGUUCUUUCAGCUGUUGGUCAGGUAAUGUCUUAAAACUACAAUACCCAUGAGGCACCUGGAAUCACAACAAACGUGCCAAUGCCAAACAUUCCGCUCAAUGAAACCGGCAUCUUAAUUCUCCCUACGACAUGAGGUGUUGUUACCUGUAGCCAGCUAUGGCACCAGGGGAUAUGGUGCAAGACCACGCCAAGCAGCUGAAGCCCAAGGACAAGCGGCCUGUGACCAGGACAUCGAAAGCAGAUUGUGAGCCCGACGGGUCCUUUGUCUUUGAGGCUCAUGAGGCUUGGAAGGACUUCCACAACUCCCUCAGGCAUUUCUAUGAAGUAGGAGAGCUCUGCGACGUCACGCUGAAGGUUGGCAGUAGGAUGAUACCAUGCCACAAGCUAGUGCUGGCUUGUGUUAUCCCUUACUUCAGGGCCAUGUUCCUCUCAGAGAUGUCCGAGGCCAAGCAGGAACUGAUCGAGAUCAAGGACUUUGAUGGCGAUGCCAUCCAGGACCUGGUGCAUUUUGCCUACUCCUCCAAGCUCACGUUAACUGUGGACAAUGUCCAGCCCCUGCUUUAUGCUGCCUGCAUCCUUCAGGUGGAGCUGGUAGCGAGAGCCUGUUGUGAGUACAUGAAGGCCCACUUUCACCCCACCAACUGCCUGGCGGUACGCACCUUCGCUGAGAGCCACAAUCGCGUGGACCUGAUGGACAUGGCCGACCGCUAUGCCUGCGAACACUUCACUGAGGUGGUGGACUGUGAGGACUUUACUUCCGUGUCUCCCCAGCACUUGCGCACAUUGUUGUCCUCUGGCGAGCUCAACAUCCAUUCAGAGACACAGGUGUACAAUGCAGCGGUGAAAUGGCUGAAGGCAAACCCACAGCACCACGAGGCCUGGCUGGACCAGAUCAUGUCUCAGGUGCGCCUCCCCCUGCUCCCGGUAGAGUUCCUGACUGGAACGGUGGCGAAGGACGAGAUGGUUAAAGGUAACCUCAGUUGUCGCGACCUGAUGGACGAAGCCAGGAACUACCACCUGCACUUCAGCAACAAGGUGGUGCUGGACUUUGAGUAUUCAGUUCGUACCAUACCCCGGAAACACACUGCAGGGGUUUUGUUCUGUGUGGGUGGCCGGGGGGGUUCUGGUGACCCGUUUCGCAGCAUCGAGUGUUACUCCAUCACUAAGAACAGCUGGUUCUUUGGUCCUGAAAUGAACAGCAGACGGCGUCACGUGGGAGUAAUAUCUGUAGGAGGCAAGGUUUAUGCUGUUGGCGGCCAUGACGGUAGCGAACACUUGGGCAACAUGGAGAUGUUUGACCCCCUCACCAACAAGUGGAUGAUGAAAGCCUCCAUGAACACCAAGAGGAGGGGCAUAGCCCUGGCCGCUCUUGGUGGUCCUAUCUACGCCAUCGGAGGUCUGGAUGACAACUCCUGCUUCAACGAUGUUGAGCGCUACGACAUCGAAAGUGACUGCUGGAGCGCCGUGGCUCCGAUGAACACUCCCAGAGGAGGAGUGGGGUCCGUUGCGUUGGGGAGUUUCAUGUACGCAGUGGGAGGCAACGAUGGCGUGGCGUCCCUGUCCAGUGUGGAGCGGUUUAACCCGCACCUCAACAAGUGGACGGAGAUCAGCGAGAUGGGCCAGCGACGGGCUGGGAAUGGAGUCAGCAAGCUCAACGGCUGCCUCUAUGUAGUGGGCGGCUUUGAUGACAAUUCACCCCUGAGCUCCGUGGAGCGCUUUGACCCUCGAAUGCACCGCUGGGAGUACGUGUCUGAGCUCACCACCCCGCGCGGGGGAGUCGGGGUGGCCACUGUAAUGGGGAGAGUGUUCGCAGUCGGGGGUCACAACGGGAACAUCUACCUGAACACAGUGGAGGCUUUUGAGCCUCGGAUGAACAGAUGGGAGCUGGUGGGUUCGGUGUCUCACUGCCGGGCGGGAGCCGGAGUCGCCGUCUGCUCGUCUCACGUCAGCCAAAUCAGAGACGUCGGCCAGGGCUCCAGCAACGUGGCCAACUGCAUGUGACCGCCGCUCCACUUGUUCCCAGGUGACUGACUGCCAAGUCACCGUCCGGUCCGAUCACUGCACGAGCACACACACAUACACACAGCGAAGGAGGGAUUUGGUCACUGUCUGAACAUCAGCCUCAGUCAGUUUGUGGCUGAUAUGCGGUUUGCACACAGUGAUCGAAUAAUGGUAGCGAGGUUCUGCUGACUUGAAGUGCACAACGGACACAUCUGAAGUCUUCUCUGACACGACGACACACGUUCGAGACAUUUCUCUUGACUCCUGCUGGUGUUUCUUUGCAAUCAGUGACGUCUGUUCUUUGUACUGUAUUUUUCUUUUGUUUGACUGCAUUGACAUAGUUUUGCCUUUUUUGUUAGGCAACAUCACAGCUGAGCCUUUUAGUAUUUGAUACUAACGUCUCGGAACGAGAGGUGAGUUUUGGUCAACGGCGCAUUAUGAAUGUGGACCGUACAGUAGGCCAGUAUGAGAGCAUUUCAAAGGUCUCUUCUCUGGUCUACUCGUUGGCUCUGCACUUCUUUUCCACAGAGAUGUUUAAAAUCACUAGAUUUAACCCAUUCUUUGCAGUGCAGCGUAUGCAGUUAAAAUGUUAACAUUUUCAUCAGUCAAUCUGAAAUCCAAUGUUAAGAUGUCAAAUACGUUUCUAGGAUUCCUGUGAUCUUUUGCCACGAUACGUGAGAACAUCUGUUCGAGCAGUUAAGACUUUUUAAAAGGUGCGUUUCAGGAUUAUUCUAUCAGCAGUUCCAGCUGCUGUAAGCUGGAUCAUAUUGCAGCAGCUUUAGCCUGUAAUUGUGUUUGAACAAUCAUUCAAGGUUAAUUGGGACAAGUCAUUCACUGGGUAGGACGUGACGGGUUCAAGGAAUUGAACUGCUGCAAGUGCCAAACGAAAAGAAAAAAAAGAGAGUCAGCCGCUCUAGGAAGCUGUAGAUGCACAUCUGGUUCAACGCCCGCUGAAUCCCGAGUGGCCUCAGAGUAGAGGACAGUUUGAUGACUUUAUACCUGAGAGUUGAGGACUGAUCAGAGCAAUACGGUGCACCGCUCAAGGUCUUUUUCAGUUGUGUUGUACAGAGAUAUGUUCAAACUGACGGGGACAGAUAUUCAAUUUGAAGAUUUGUGUUUGACGAUAGCUGGACUGUCAGAAAUCCUAAUCGGAGUGCUUUUGGAUGUGUAUGAGAUGCAGCUGAGGUUUGUCUCCGCAGAUGGUUGCGUUUAUAUAUUUUAAUAUAUGGAUAUUUUGUACAAUAAAAUGGGUGUAUCUUUGGUAUUAUCCUUUACUACACUGUCUAAUCCAUUGCUGUGCACUAUUUUCAUAGAAUAGAUGUGAAGUCUGAGUAUAUUUUUGUCCUAAAUGGAGAAUUUUACGUUAUGAGUUAAAAGAUGUUUAUUUAACACACUUGCCGAUUUCUGCCAUUUCUAUGAAAAAUUUAAUAAUUUCUGGCAAGUGUUCUUCUCCUAAUAGGAAAUAGGUUGACAGAGUGAUGACUUUAAUACUGAAAUGCUAUAUAUGGUUAUAAUAGAAAUAAACAUAUUAUUGGACAGUUUGUGUACUGGCAAUCAUAAUUUUGGUGCAUAUUAUUAACCUGGUACAUAAUUUUUACUCUAAAACCCGAAGAAAAAAAAACUUUGUUAGCCAAUGAGCCAGAAACUUCUUUUCUAAGUCUUUUGUAAAUUUGACUGUACUUUGUUGUUCUUUCUCCUCCUGACUGCUUCCAUCCUGUGUUUUUGUUUACCUGGUAUUGGUAUAAAUUGGUACAAUAAAGUUAUGUGUAAAGUU